GAGCUUAAUAGGCCAGCGGAAAAAAUUGAAAUGCUGCUUCGGUGCUUCCUUCCGAGUUCCGACUCACUUUGCUCCGAUCAGGCUCCGGCGUUUGCUUCUUCUACUGAGAAACAUCUGUCGGCGGUCGCAGCUUUGCCAAGUCACGAAGAUAUGGUGGUAGUGGCAUUGCUGCGUCCGCUGCAAACAGCGAGCGCCACUCCCUUCACGGCUCCAUUCCCGCCGCCGCAGCCGCACAGAGCGCCGCCGCAAUCGGCGCGGCGGACGAAAUCGAAACCGAGGGCUUUCUCAAUUCGCUCCUCCGCGGAAGCCCCGACUUCCCCUUCACCCGCUUCUUCCUCCUCCGGCGCGCUGCAGGCUACGGAGAUCAAGGAAAGAUGCUUGAAAUGGAGGUGGAAGGGCCAGUACACGAUCAAUUACUUCGUCGCCCAGUCUCCCUCCCGGUCACCGCCGCUUCUCCUGGUUCACGGCUUCGGCGCCUCGAUCCCGCACUGGCGCAGGAAUAUCGAGACAUUGGCGCAGAAUCGCGCCGUCUACGCCAUUGAUCUUCUAGGGUUUGGCGAAUCUGAUAAGCCGGGAGGAUUUUCUUACACCAUGGAAACUUGGGCUGAGGUAAUUUUAAGUUCUUUGGCUAAGUUGUUUGCUCCCCUAUCCAUGGAUGCUUACCCGCGUCUAAUUUUAUUCUCCCCUGCGGCGGCGCAGUUGAUUCUGGAUUUCUUGGAUGAAGUAGUUCAGAAGCCGACGGUCCUAAUUGGCAACUCCGUUGGAAGUCUUGCUUGUGUAAUUGCUGCCUCUGAAUCCUCUCGAGCUCUGGUAUGCGGGCUGGUUCUGCUGAACUGUGCUGGUGGAAUGAACAACAAGGCCGUUGUCGAUGAUUGGAGGAUCAGGCUGUUGCUUCCUUUGCUGUGGUUCUUCGACUUCCUGCUGAAUCAACGGCCCAUCGCUUCAGCCCUCUUCGAACGCGUAAAACAAAGAGAUACCCUUAGGAAUGUCUUGUCGUCUGUUUAUGGGAACAAGGAUUCCGUUGAUGAUGAACUGGUAGAGAUCAUUAGAGGGCCUGCCUGCGACGAAGGGGCGCUGGAUGCAUUCGUCUCGAUAGUAACAGGGCCACCAGGGCCGAACCCAGUGACCUUGAUGCCGAAGAUUUCACAGCCUGUUCUGAUACUAUGGGGCGACGAGGAUCCUUUCACUCCUCUUGAUGGUCCUGUGGGUAAAUACUUCUCGUCGCUGCCCUCUGAAUCGUCCAACGUUAAGCUCUGCGUGCUGGAAGGAGUCGGACACUGCCCUCAUGAUGACAGGCCUGAAUUGGUUCAUCAGAAUCUGCUUCCAUGGCUGGAUCAGCUUUUCGCCCCUAAAUCGGUUCUUCUUCUCCGGCGAGUGCGACUCCGAGGGGCGAACUCCAAGCGCUGUUUGGAACCACCUUCUGCGUCUCAGUUUUCUUCUUCUACUGGUUUCCUCCACUGCUGCAAUGGUGGUCGUUAUCCCAAAUUUAUGUCCUUGAGAAUCCAUUCAUCAACGCCGAUUCUCACGCCAGCAAGGAGUGAUCGGAGUUAUCCUUCAGGUUUCCGCCGGUUCUGCUUCAAUUACCGUUCUGCUACGACUGCUAGUAGUAACACCGCCGGAAAUGAGAAUGGCGGCGAGGAGAGGAGCGGGAAGUCGUAUCUGGAAUUGACGGACGAAGAACUGAUGCGACAGUGCGAGAUGGCCACUUAUAAAGCAUCCGGCCCCGGCGGUCAGCACCGGAACAAACGCGAGUCCGCCGUCCGUCUCAAGCACUUACCUACUGGCAUAAUCGCUCAGGCCGUUGAGGAUCGAUCUCAGCACAAGAAUCGUGCUUCAGCUUUGAAGCGGCUGCGCACGCUGCUGGCUCUCAAAGUGAGAAACGCUGUCGAACUUGAUGGAUAUUCACCUCCGCCGGAGCUUCUUCAAAUUCUUCCUUCCAAAUCCACCAUCAAAACCUCGGUUUCUGGUUCUCAAAUUGGCCCCAAUAAUCCUAAAUUCGCUAUGGGAAUGCAAGCUCUCCUGGACCUGAUAGUCGCUGUUGAGGGUUCUGUAUCUGAAGCUGCAAAACUGCUUGGGUUAAGCACAGGUGCAUUAUCGCGAUUAAUACUGUCAGAUGACUCGCUUCGUCUUGCUGUGAAUGAGUUCCGGAAUUCCAAGGGCAUGAAGCCUUUGAAGUAGGACGAAGCAGAUUCCAUGGCGCAGCCAUUUCCGGAGCCCGUUCGUUACACAAAUAAUGCAUAUUCGAGCAGUAGCCUGCUCUUAACAUAUAGAUGUCCAACAGCCACAAACAUCCUCUCGAGAUCAUCUCGAUCUCGGCCGUUGGUCCGUGGAGCCUGCCAUUAAAAACACAUUCAAAACUCAAGAAUCUAGAGUAUUGAUAUGGAAUAGUAGACAUCGGAUAUGAUGGAUUUCUGUGGACAGACUCUUCGCUUGUUCGUCGUUCUAUCGACUUUGAGUUAUUAGUAUAUGAUUGUUGCUUUGUUGCAUUCUCUAUAGUGAACAUAGGAAUGUUAAGAUGAGAGGGUUCGUGUCCAUGUACGAAGUCCAUUGAGGAUUAUAACUUAUUUUGGGUGUGUUUUUUCCUGUCAAAUGGAUUGAAAAGGAAAGUGUUGCAAGUAGAAAGGCAGGAGGGGACCUGGGGAAUGUGGAGUUAAUAAAAGGGGAAAAAGGGUCAAAAGCUGUACGAAUAUAUAGAUUUGGAUUUGGGGGAUUUAUAGCGAAUAGAGAAGCGGUUUGGUGCAGCCGCAUAUGUUCCCAGAGAAUGAGGUUCUUUCUCUCUUUCUUCCCUCCCUCCACCACCACCUGAGAAGAAAUAACCUAUCUGUUGGCUCUUCAGUUGACUUUCUUUUUCUUUGCAAUGUAUUCAUUUCUAUCCACAAUCCAAAAGUCAGAAAGGAACCUCACUCUAAAGUCAACUUGUAUGGAACCUGGGUUUUAUGUUUGAGCCACCUGAAAAAUAUUUAUUUUUAUAUCCGUUUGACGAAGUAUUU